CACGGAUGGUGAUGUCAAACACAUCACAAUAACACGUCCUUGCUCGAACUACGAACCAUACUCCUUCUUGACACUGAAAAAUGGUCAAUUACGGUGGUGAUGAAGUAUCGGCACUAGUCCUCGACAUUGGGUCUUCGUCAUUACGCGCUGGAUAUGCAGGAGACGAUACCCCGAAAGUUAUAAGUCCAACAUCUUAUGGCUACAUCAAGGCUCUUGACGAUGGAGAUUUUUCUAUGGCCGAUAUAAACGAUACAGAGGUAGCCCCAAAACCGAAAUUGGCGAAAUCCUUCAUAGGACAAUCUGGACCAUCAGUAUGGAGAAGCGGUAUGGAAGUAGCCAAUCCUAUCAAGGGAGGACUUAUAAACGAUUUUGGGCCUAUACAUGCCCUGGUCGAGCAUGCUAUCGUCAACGUUAUGGGAUGCAAUCCUUCCGAGCACCCUGUCCUAGUCACUGAGCCCUCGUGGAAUACUGUCGAAAAUCGAGAGCGAAUGGCCGAAAUAAUGUUCGAAGAAUUCCAGGUACCUGCUUUCUACAUUUCCAACACCGGGGUUCUCAACACCUUCGCGGCGGGAAAGGGCUCUGCACUGGUCAUUGAUGUCGGUCAAGAUAUGGCGAGCGUGACACCUGUCGUGGACGGAUUUGUUUUGCGCAAAGGCCUUGUAUAUUCGUCUCUUCCAUCGCUCAUCCACUCUGGUGCCCAUAGGAUCCUCACGCAGCCAACGCACACCCGACGAGGUAUUGAUUUAUUUCCACAUCAACUCAUAGCAAAUAAAUCGCCUGUUGAACCCAACAGCCCACCGAAAUUCACCCUGCGUGAGGAUCGCCUGACUGGAACAACUAAUAGCUGGCGUCAAUGGUACGAGGCUCGUGAAGUUGACGAAUGGCUGCAAACUGUGGGUGGCGUGCUCGAGUCAGGAUGGAAUGAUCAGGCUGCGGCUAGUCGACCGCCGAAACAGUAUGAAUUCCCUACUGGUUAUAAUACUUGGUUUGGUGCCGAGCGAUACUAUGUUGGUGAACAAUUUUUCUACCAUUCCCCUCAAAUGAGUGCCUCCAAUCACUCUUUACCCAAAACGAUACCCGCACUGAUCAGUGAAUCCCUGCGAUCAUACGACAUCGAACUUCGCCAAGUUUUGAUGGGCAACGUCGUUCUCACAGGAGGAGGUAGUUUAUUCUCUGGAUUCAAUGACCGACUUGCCGCCGAGCUGGGUCGAACGUUCCCUCACGCCAAAAUUCAUGCUCCUGGAAAUCCUACUGAGCGCCGAUAUGGAGGCUGGCUAGGCGGCAGCAUUUUGGCGAGUCUGGGUACUUUCCAUCAGCUUUGGAUAAGUAAAGAAGAAUGGCAGGAACAUGGAAAAGGCAUUGUCACACAAAGGUGUAAAUGAGCAGUUUGAUGUAUCUUUAUGAUCUUUUGCCCCAGGAUCCUGUUGUAUUGAUUUAAAUAAAUCCUCUCAUUUACACGAACUUGCCUACACUAC